UCUCAGCACAACAUGACAUCAGUUGCAAGACCACCCCGCGCGCGCCCAGUACGAUACUGGCCGGGGAAGGCCCCACAAGGGGCUGAGGAGGCCUCUUCGAGCGACUCGGAAGCGGACAACGAAGAACUGUCUAUAGCAAAAGGGCAAGAGGCGGGCGGCGACCAGGAGAUUCAGGAAGUUUCUUUAUCCAUUCAGGAUGAAGCUGUACAGAAGGAUCGGAGACUGAUGCGUCUCAUGCAAACUCGAGCACAGCGGGAUGAUGAAGACGAACUGCGACCUGGUAGACGACGGGAGCGGGAGGAGCGAGGAGCUGAAGUCUCGGAACUUCCGAAAGAGGAGAGUGAAGAUGAGGACGAGGACGCCACAGCAGCACGUCGGCAACGAAUACGAGAGCAAGCAUUGAAACGAAGGCAAGAGGAGGAGGAACAGCUUGGAGCUCAGGAGGACGAGGAGGAAGAGGAGGGAGAGAGUGAAUAUACAUCAGAGUACACAACCGACUCUGAGGAUGAUCCAGUCUCGUCGCGAACGUUACUAAAACCCGUUUUUAUUCCAAAGAACCAUCGAGAGACCGUCCUAGAGAAAGAACGCUUGGAGGCGGAAGCGCAAGAAGCGGAAGCGAGAAAACAACAGCAGAUGGAGGAGAGGAAAAAGGAGUCACACGACAUGGUCGCGGAAGAAUUGAGGAAAGAGCAAGCGGCGGCAGAAGUCUCAAACGGGCCCUUGGAGGUGGAUGAUACAGAUGGCAUCAAUGAAGAGGAGGAAUAUCUGGCUUGGAAACUGCGCGAAUUGCGUCGAAUCAAACGGGAUAGGGAAGAGAAAGACUCACGGGAAGCAGAAAAGGCUGACAUUGAGCGACGAAGAAACAUGACUGACCAAGAAGUAAUGGCGGAGAAGGCGAAGGAGGGACAAUUGACGAAGGAAAAGUCAAAGUAUCGAUUCUUGCAAAAGUAUUAUCACAAGGGUGCCUUUUUUGUGGAUGACGAUGUCGUCGGAAAAGCACUUCAGCGGCGGGAUUUCGCAGAGCCAACAUUGGAAGAUAAAUUUGAUAAAACCGUUUUACCAGCAGUUAUGCAAGUCAAGAACUUUGGAAGGGCUGGACAAACCAAAUAUACCCACCUGGCAGAUCAGGAUACAUCUCAGAUGGAUUCACCAUGGUUCCAAAAAUCGGAAUUGAACAAGCGUACAGUGAGCAAACUGGGUGGAAUGAAGCAAUCCUUCAGCAAACCUACUGCAAAACGACGCAAAUUGUGAUGAUCGUUCAUGUAUUUUAUCAUUACUUUUGUAAAUAGAAAUGUAUUUAAAAAAGAACAAGCCUCGUUGCGUUGAAAAGA